AUGUCGUUAAAACAAAUACGUCUUGAACAAAGAAGAAAAGUUGAGAAAUGUGAAUUACAAAUAAGACAAAUAUUGUUAUAUGCUGGUGUUUAUCCGGUUGAAAAUCCACAUAAAUUAUAUCGAUGUUUAUGGUGGUUUGUUAUAUUUGUAUUUACAUUUAAUUUUAUGGGUAUGAUUAUUUUAAUAAUACAUCAUCGUAAGAAUUUAUCUAUCGUGUUGGGUGGUGCUGGUGUUGCUCUAAGUUUAAUGACUGUUAUAACAAAGGGAACAUGUUGUAUAUGGUAUGACAAAGAAAUGGCAUUAAUAAAAAAACAUUUAUCUGGAAUGAUGGAUAGAAAUAUGUCAGCAUCACAGGAAAUAUGGGAUACAAUGAUACAACCAAUGCUGUAUUACGUAUCAAGAAUAUAUUUGUUUAUAUAUACUUUAGGUUUUGCACUUGUACUGGUUAUGUUUUCAAAGCCAGCAUUAAUUAUGUUAUCACAAGUUAUACGGGGACAUAAUAUAACAUAUAUACGUCCAUAUCCAACAAUAUAUUUUUGGAAAAUACCACCAGGAGGACCAAUUUAUAUGAUGCAUUAUUUUAUUGAUACAGCAUGUAGUUGGUAUGUUGUAUCAAUUGGUAUUAGUGUUGAUAAUUUAUUUGCAUAUUCAACAGCAAUAAUAAUGGCACAUUAUCGUGCUCUUAAUUAUGAAAUUCGUCAAUUUAAUGGUAUAGAUAUUGAAAAAAUGAAAGAAUUUGUUUGUAGACAUCAAGAAUUAAAUGAUGUUUGUCAAUAUUUGGGUGUAUUGAAUGGACCAGUAAUAUUAAUUAUAGCUGUAUCAACUUCACUUAUACUCUGUUCAAAUAUCUUUACAUUCAGUAAGAUGGAAACUAUAACAUUAUCACAAGCUGCUUGGCCUGCUGUAUAUACUGCUUAUAAAUUGUUACAAGUAUUUAUAUUUGCAUGGUGUGGUGAACUUCUGAAGGAAACAAGUGAAGAAUUUCGAGAAGCAGUUUAUGCUUCAAGAUGGCAUAAACAUGAUAAUAAAAAAGUUGCAUAUUGUGUGAGAAUGAUGAUGAAUCAAAAACCAAUAUUAUUAAAUGCUUGUGGAGUCAAACCUGUAACAGCAGAUUUAUUUUCUGGGGUUGCAAAUACGGCAGUGUCAUAUUUUUUUCUCAUGCAGACUAUCAGUGAAAAAGAUUAA